UGACGGAAGAAGGGGCUGCUGCAACGAAGACCCAUGCAUGAACAACUCGACAUGUCCGGAAGGCAAGCUCGAACCCACAUACUGGGACCGCGCGGAUCAGUACGAGUACUUCAAAGGUCUCAACAUCUUGCUGUCAUCGACCGCGCCUCGAUCGACUUCAUCUGUAUCGCCCUCCUCUGGCUCAGGUGGCGGCAGCUCCAAUCACGGCGCAGUCACCGGUGACGCUGUGGGAGGUAUACUCGGAUUCCUCGCCAUGGUGGCACUAGUCGUCUUCCUCCUCUGGCGACGCAAACGAGCAGCCCGUGCCAGAGACUCAUCGGCCUUCUCAAUCGAAGAGACCAAGCCUGAAACGGGCGAACUCGCAUCGCACAUCUCCGCCGGCACAGUACCUCCAACAUACUCGUGGGACGUCAACAGCACCGCCCCACCGCAACAGACAUGGGCACACGCCCACCCGGAAGUGUCCGGCGAAGACAUAAAAGGCACCCCGCGCAGUCUGUUCAGCGAGCUGCACUCCAAGUCCUCGCUGGCGCGCAUCGUAGAGCUGCCUGGCGCGCCCGCAGCGCGGGAGCUCGAGACGCCCGACGCAACGCUGAAGAUGUCGCAGACGGGAUCUGACAGCGACAUGGCGAAGACACCCAGCCUGAGCGUUGUGCCUGAGCCGUGGAAUAGCAGUGAGAAGCGCUGGGCGGGGGAGUCUGGGGGUGGCUGUAAGUACUGACUGCGCAGGCUUCGGCCGCUUUUCUGCUUUGCGGUUCGGUCUUCUUAUAAUACCAUGUGCGACGAUAUGUAUAGCGAACAGUCCUUUCGGUCCCUGAGCGCCUUCCUCUACCCGGAUUCAAUGCACAGUCGCUCUACGUCGGAAUGCCGUCUUGCGCCUAAUAUCCGUGGCGGAUCUGGCGUUUCCGUUGGUAGACGGGUGUCAAUUCGUCCGCCCUUCUGCGAGAUUGAUCAACAUACACAGGCUCGUUGCGAGGAGCUAUUGAGAACCUGGCUUUGUUCGCCUAGACAUCUCAACACUGCUUCCUUUCCGACGUAGUGGUCUGAUUC